UUAUCAAGCAAUUUCCGAGGAUCCAAUCUACCGCCUCGAAGGCACUUCUUUCGCCAACCCUCGAUAAUUACACGUACAACCCUCAUACAAAAUACAAAGACAUGGAUUGAUUUGGGCUGAACAAUGCUAUAAAGUCUACUGGCUCGAAUGUUUGCUUGGACUAUCAAUAGAUUAUCACAUAUACAUCUUGAGAAGGGGGUAGGGACAGGGGGAAACAACGAGUAUGAUUAGUAUCGAACAGGCCCCGCUUUAAAAGUGUUUUGUUCGUCUUUUUUGUCAGAUUUUGUACCUUGGAUAGCAAGUUGAAUUGGCCAUUCAGUCGGUUAUUGAUCGCAUUUUAGCGCGAAGUAUCGAUCGAUGCAUACCUUUUCACUAUGGGGUAUAAUGGAGGAGGGUCCCAGCCUCUUUUAUAGCGGUUUUGCGGUCGUGAAGGGGUGAUGUGUUAUAUACCCCUUCCUUAGGAACAACCCAAGUCACUGUGGGUGUAGUACGUAUCACCCGCUUGAAGAAAAAGUGAAAGUUUAUCGUUAGGCCUGUCGUCUGCGCGAUUCAUCAAACGAGUUUCAUGCACGAUACGCUCUCCUUAGAACAUUCUUGGUCAAAUAUUGGAAUUUUCUAGCAAAAUGUUUUGAUACUUGUGAAAAGGAAUCUUCAUCUGAAGAGUAAUCUGUUUGAGAACGCGGUUUCACGUAAGAGGGUUCAAACAAAGGCGUACAAAAGAUCUUGAUAUUUGGAAUUAUAAAAAAACUUCUUCAACUCUCUGGCGGAGAUGUCGCUUUCGUCACCCAAGAAGGAAAACAUUUAACGAUGUUCCCGCAGUAUCUGAAGUAAAUUCCAAAGGAUCUCUUUGGACAUUAUUCAAUAAGGACAAUAUCAUCAUGAAGAUGGAAUAUGGCUAGCGCGGUUGUAGCGCUACCAAGCCCGCAUCUUAAUCCCACCAUGUCCCCGGCUCCCGUCAACCGACUCGGCCAGGAGACUGCGCCGUCGUCCAAUGGCGAUGUCGGUCGCGACGUCGCAUGCGUUGGCGAUGGCGGAGAAAAGAAAGAGGAUAGAGGAGGCAAUACUGGAAACGGUGGUCGAGAUUGUGGUCAGCCUGAGAGGAGGAGAAGGAAGUCGAGAUCGGACGGCGUGGUCGUCAGAAAGAAAGUCGGGGGCUACAUCUUAGGAGAUGUCAUCGGCGAAGGUUCUUUCGCCAAAGUUCGUCUUGGAACUCACAUCCUAACUCAAGAACAGGUUGCCGUGAAGGUAAUUGAUAAGAAGUUGAUCGCCAAUCGAGACUACGUUCGUAAGAAUCUACGCAGAGAGGCAACCGUUCUUCAGAAGAUGCGCCAUACCAACAUCGCUCGACUCUAUGAGGUUCUUGAGACGGCUAGUAAUUACUACCUGGUCAUGGAGCUCGCAGAGGGCGGCACGUUCAUGUCCUUCCUGUGUAAGAGGAGAAAGUUGAGUGAGCGAGAGACGAGAAGAUAUAUCAGGCAACUCGUCACCGCCGUCGAUCACAUGCACCACCUCGACGUCAUUCACAGGGAUAUCAAGAUCGAGAACUUUCUUCUGGAUAACGACCAAAAUCUGAAAGUAAUAGAUUUUGGACUGAGUAAUAUUCUUGGAUACGACGGGUUUCUUCGGACGCAAUGCGGCUCUCCGGCCUACGCUGCCCCGGAGAUCUUCUGCAACUCAAGCUAUGGCCCAUCUGUCGAUGUUUGGAGCAUAGGGGUGAACAUGUACGCCAUGCUGACAGGGGAGUUACCCUUCGUGGUGGACCCGCCCAACAACAUGAGUAAGCUACACGCAAGGAUCAUGCAGGGCGCCACCAUACCAGAUACUCUUACAAAAGAUUGCCGAGACCUUCUCAGAAGGCUUUUAGAACCGAAGGAACUAGACCGCAUCAAACUCCCUGAUAUUAUGCGGCAUCCAUGGAUGAACAGGGGAUACUCGCGGCGUCUCUACCCUUCCCGCUUCGAGGACUCCACCCCUAAACCUCUGGUGGAUCAACGCAUCAUCAAAGCGCUCGUGCAAUGCGGUCAUCAGGAGGAUAUUCUCACUGAAUGCGUGCAAGAAAAUAGACCAACUUCCGAGAAUGCUGCCUACUGCCUAUUGGCUAAGCGGAUCGCAAUGGGGUGGGGCUACCCGGAAAGUAACAAUGUCCUCGACAGCGAUCGGAGCGAGAUGGUUAGUGUGUUAACGGGGGCGGGCGUGGACGAUACGAUGGAGGCGGAGCAUGAAGAGAAGCCAUCACCAGUGCUUGCGCUUCGUCGUCCAAUCAGCGGACGCGGGACGAGAAGUAUGGCGGCAAAGGAACAGAACUUCGAUAUGGAAAACAAACUCAAGAGCGACCGGAUGAAACUCGAGAAUACGAAUUCCCCGAUAGAGAAAACUCCGAAGUACUCCGUGUCUCCAACAAAAAGAGAAAUUCAGGAUGACAUGCGAAAGGCUUGGAGCAAGUUGCAAACCAAUUCAAAGAACAGUGACGAAAGUACAAAAGAUCAUAGUAAAAAUAACAGCGUUAGGAGUACGAAUAGUGAAGGAAGCGAUAUGAAUUCAACUGGAAGCAAAAUGGACACAGGGGAAGCGCCAAAACAAAGUAAAACGAAACACGUUCAAAAAGUUCCAGACAACAAAACUACCUCUCAUCUCCCUCGGCGAGUCCACAGCUCCUUACCCGCCAAAACGAGGACGUUGCCAAGCCCAAACUCCGCACCCUCCCUGCAGAACAACACUUGCAUUUUCAUAGUCAACGGGAAGGUCACGGCGCCGGAUCAAAUGGUUGGGCGAUCUGCAGGGCGAAAUGCCGCCCAAAUGCCAGGGAAAAGACAUUCGUUCCAUGGAGGUGAAAAAAUGAUUUACACCAAACGGGGCUUGGAACGUGCUAAAACUGUCCCGGCUGUUCACAUUGAGAGCCUGGACACAAAGAAUGGUUCGGAUGACCCGUUGACGAGUGUCCCGGACAAAGAGACUAGUAUGGACACCCAGAUCAGCGAACUUCAUGCCCCUUACCAGCCGCAUAAUGCCUUUCCAAUCCAUCGCUUAGGGAGCGAAUACACCCUCCCUUCCCAAGCCCAUCGCCACUCCUCCCGUUAUCUACCGGGUAGCGUGUCAACAUCCGCCGUCACCUCGGCAACGCAUCCUCCUCCUUACCAAUACGCACAGCAUCUUCAAUACCAUAGCAACAGACACCAAUCGCUACGCCGCUCCCGUCCGCAUCACCAGCGGUCCAUGACCGCGCCCCACCCUCAGGGCCGAUCACACUCUCCGCUGCCCUUUCCUCCAGCAUCUCAGAUCAGCAGGGCCGAGGAAAGGGGGUCCGGCAAACCCGCCAAGGCUGUGGCGUGGCAGGACCCUCCUGCGACUGUGGUUCUGUCAAAUAAUGGCCCGUCAAGGAGCAUUAGGAAUCGGCAGAGAGAGCUGCCGAAUAUAAAGGGAUUUGUUGGAUAUAUGUGACGAUUGAAUUGAAAGUUUUUAUGUUGUGUAGCUAGUAUAUAAAACUAAUACACGUUGUACACGAGGUGUCAUUUCACUUCCCCUUUUUCGUCUUCAUAAGCUAAUAAAGUCAAUUGAUGCGUACGCCACUAACUUGACGCAAUGGUAGUACAUGUACAUUUACAUUAAAUUAGUGUUCGCGAUGUCACCCUCAUAAUUUACCGCGUCCAAAAUCGCUCAAGAUGCUGACGCAUGCCUAUAAUUUAUGUCGGGUAAAUGACGCCUCCCGUGCGCUGGGCAAUUCCUAUCACACACAAAGCGUGAUUUCGAUGUCAUAUACAGCAUACAAAGUCAUAAUUAUAUAAACCAAUCAAUGCUUUGAAGACGAUUGGCGCAUUUGCCGCGGGUCGAUCGAUCAACGCAGUGUUUUGCAUUGUUCAGAUGGCAUUCCCUUUAUGUAUGAACAUUAUUUGGGUUAAUGUUAACUUUUAUGUUUUGUUAGGCGGACCAUCAUUGACGGUCUAAACCAUGAUUAUUUAGCUUUAAACCCUCUUCUUACAUCAAGCACGAUGACAAUCAGUUAUUAUUUUGUGGAGUUAUGUUAUAGUGUGCAAGAGAAGAGCGGAAUCGUUAGUUUUAUAUCAAUCGAGUGGCCUCAUUUCAUGUGGAAAAGAGAGCCCCAAGUCGCAAAAAAAGCUCUUCCAAGGGCUUCGCUUUAGGAAAGGGGAUCGGGGAGGGCGAAAUCUUAUUUGAUUAUUAAAUGCCUUUUUUUUUAAAUACUUGUUUCUCUUUAUAUUUAAUAUUUAUUUUGCGCCUUGUCGGCAAAUCACAGUUCUUUUCUCUCUUGCUUGUUGGCAAAAUUUGUGCUGAUUUUUGGUCGGACAACCCGAUGAAAAUGACCCAACGAUACCCAUUGGCUAAAUCUUAUUUCUUAUGAAGUAUUAUAUGUACAGCUAUGCUUUUAAUGAAAGCAUAUGUCGCAGGAACAUAGAGCAAAAAAAGAUUCCUAUUGAGAAUCAGCAGGACCGUGGAGUACAAAAGUAACUUCUAUCUUUAAUAAUCCUCGCAAUUGACAGUUGUUUGGCUCUAUCGAUAUGAUAAUAACUAUUUUAUUAAGAAAAUAUAAUUUAUUAUGUGCCCUGAACAAUACAAGGAUAAGUUGUUAAACAGAUCUUCUUGAUCAAAAUACUGUAUUCGUCAUCUGGAUCAGUAUUCAUUCAUAUCAAUUUCAAGGAUAACAUAAUCGUAAUAAUUUCUCCAGAUUUUCCAUAGGCAGUUCUGAAAACUUAAAUGCCAAAUUCUACUGCCUAAAAUUAUGUUCCACAUAAUUUGAGUAAGAAACUAUAAUUUUCAUAAUCCAAUUAGAGAUAUUAUACACUUCAUGACUUUCCGAAAAUACUUCCUACCUUUCAACCGCUUUAACAUGUACUGUAUUUCAUUUCUGAUUUCAUUUUCGUGUGUGUGUUUGUGCAUGAUUAUCGUUCAAGCACAUUCAAUUUGAAUGUAAAGUUUUACAAUGUGUGUAAAUAUAAAUAACGGGUCAACGAUUUUGUUUGAAUUUAUAUAUAUAUAUAUAUAUUAAGAUACACUGUAUAAUCAUAUAUAUUUGAAGAAAACAAAAAUCGCACCGUAUACGGGUAGGUGAGAGACAAUCA